AUGGAUGGUGAUAGCUCUACAACAGAUACAUCCCAGUUAGGAAUUUCUGCAGACUAUAUUGGAGGAAGUCAUUAUGUGAUUCAGCCACAUGAUGGAGACACAGAAGACAGCUUAAAUGACCCAGAUGACACAAAUGGCUCUAAAGAGACUUUCAGAGAACAAGAUAUAUAUCUGCCAAUUGCCAAUGUGGCACGGAUAAUGAAAAAUGCCAUACCACAAACAGGAAAAAUAGCAAAAGAUGCCAAGGAAUGUGUACAGGAAUGUGUGAGUGAAUUUAUAAGCUUUAUAACAUCUGAAGCCAGCGAAAGGUGUCAUCAGGAAAAGCGAAAAAAAAAACCAUCAAUGGAGAAGACAUUUUGUUUGCCAUGUCUACCCUAGGCUUUGAUAGCUAUGUCGAACCAUUAAAGUUGUACCUCCAGAAAUUUAGAGAGGCAAUGAAAGGUGAAAAGGGUCUUGGUGGCACUGUCACAACAGCAGAUGGUCUUGGGGAAGAGCUUUCAGAGGAAACCUUUACAGGCCAAUUGCCAGCAGGUUUGAUAACUGCAGAUGGACAGCAGCAAAAUGUUAUGGUGUAUACAACCUCAUAUCAACAGAUAUCAGGUGUUCAGCAAAUCCAGUUCUCCUGA